GAGAAAUCUCCGGUCCGGUUCUGCUGGGUUCUGAAAGCGGCUCGUUGUGGUGUGGAGUGGGAGUGGGGGGAAUGCAGCGAGUGGGAGCGACUCUGAAACGGCAGCAUUGUGACAGCAGCGGCUCUGAUCUCACUUCUCUCUGCCCCGCGCUGCUGCUGCUUCCUCCCUUUGUGUCGGAGCGGCGUUCAGCGCCGAUGGCGUGAGGCGCUUCGUGUUUCUGACGCUGCGGAUCGGCCGGUACCGGGAUCGAUGCGGGCCAAGGCUCGUCUGGACGACCCGCUGGAUAACUUUAAAAGAGCUUCUGAUAGCCAUCAGGAUGCGGCGGUGAAACUGGAUCAGGAACGGGCCGAAAUCGUCGCCAAAUAUGACAAGGGUAAAGAGGCCACCGUGGAGCCCUGGGAGGACACCAACUUCCACCUCUACAAAGUCAUCGACCGUUUCGGAUUUGUCCAUGAGAACGAACUGCCGUCGUACGACUCGCUGGAGGAGAAGCAAAAACACCUGGAGGUGGAGCGGACCGCCAAGUGGCUGAAGAUGCUGAAGAGCUGGGAGAAAUACAAGAACAGCGAGAAGCUCGUCCGGAGGAUCUAUAAGGGCGUUCCUCUGCAGCUCCGAGGGCAGGUGUGGUGCCUGCUGCUCGACGUUCCCAUAAAAGAGGAGAAGAAAGACUUCUACGAGAAGCUGAAGUCCCGGGCCAGAGCGCUGUCCCCCGACGUCCGGCAGAUCGACCUGGACGUGAACAGAACCUACCGGGACCACAUCAUGUUCAUGACCCGCUACGACGUCAAGCAGCAGGCGCUCUUCCACGUCCUCACAGCUUAUUCCAUGUACAACACGGAGGUCGGGUACUGCCAGGGCAUGAGUCAGAUCACGGCUCUGCUGCUCAUCUACAUGAACGAGGAAGACGCUUUCUGGCUGGUCAAACUGCUGUCGGGGCAGAAGCACGCCAUGCACGGGUUCUUCAUCCCCGGCUUCCCGAAGCUGAUGCGCUACCAGGAGCACCACGACCGGAUCCUGAAGAAGAUGAUGCCCAAACUCAAGCAGCACUUGGACAACCAGGAGGUUUUCACCAGCCUGUACACCAUGAAGUGGUUCUUCCAGUGCUUCCUGGACAGAACUCCCUUCACCCUGACUCUCCGGAUCUGGGACAUCUACAUCCUCGAGGGGGAGCGAGUGCUGCCCGCCAUGUCCUACACUAUCCUCAAACUGCACAAAAAGCACCUGUUGAAGCUGUCCAUGGAGGAGCUGGUGGAGUUCCUGCAGGUCACGUUGGCCAAAGAUUUCUUCCUUGAGGACGACUUUGUGAUCGAGCAGCUGCAGGCGUCCAUGACGGAGCUGCGGCGGGCCAAGCUGGACUUCCCAGCGCCAGCUAAUGAGGAUGAGUUUCCUAAGAAGCCGUUGGGGCAGCUUCCUCCAGAGGUCGCAGCGCCGCAGAUGAAUCACGUGGGCAACGGUCAGAGCCACACGGAGCCAGCCGAGCCGCCGAGAGACUCCAGUCCGGUACCGGGACGACAGCAGGACAGUCGGCCCCCGAGCCGGGCACGCAGGGACUCACUGGAGAAACCGUCCCGCCAUCACAGGGCAGAGAAAUGGGAUGCCCACUCCAGGAGAUCCAAUGAGCUUCUGAAUGACCAACCAAAGCAGUCCGACUCCACCACACCAGAGAGAGGAACCACUCCAUCGUCAGCACCCACCCCAACGCCCAGCCGCAGUCCUCAGAACCACGCCACCGCCAACCACAACUCCAACGCAGCCUCCAGUUCCCGUCAAAUCAUUGGCCCCCGCUGGGUCAAACCCUCCGAGACAAAGCUGGAGGCGGCCAAAGCCGCUGCAGCGCGAGAGACGCGGCAAAGCCGAGGGGCAUCACCGGCUCCGUCCAGCCCCAACGACGGAGUUUACGCUCAACGACGAUCCCGGCCCAAAGGGAUCAUCCCGGGUUCUGAUCGGGGCUCCAAUGCCUCCCAGUAUGACAACGUACCAGGACUGCCAGAGCAGGACUUUGAGAUUCUGGAGCUUGAGAAGCCUCCAUUCAGAAUGAGGGCCCCUCAAGAUGAGACUCCCUUUACCGUACCAGCACCACACCAGGCCAGCAGCACCGACUCAGCCUCAACAGGCCCGAGGAUGACCAAGCAUCACCUCCCCUCUCAGUUUCCACGUAACAGUCCCCCAGGGUUACCUGCUGGCUACUCUGGGGCUCGGAGUCGGUACAACACCCCACCUCAACAGCCCUCUCCAGGAAGAACUACAACCGAAGUUCCCAUCCUCCACCCAGGCUACAGUGUGAGCCUGGACCACCGAGGGGAGGAAAAACUUUACAGAGACCCCAGAUUUAAUUCUCCCUCCAGCACGUUGUACGGGGAACUAGUGUACGCCACCACCCAGCGGCGGCCCAGCAACUUCUCUCCUGAGAAGGCGCUGCAAAAUAACUCGUUCGCCACCUACCGCAGGCAGCCAGAGUCCACCAGGAACCUUCAGAGCACCUCCACUCCAAUCUACCUGCAGCAACUAACAUCAACCACACAAAAGCAAACUUCCCGGGACUACAGAUUUGAGGGAAACCCCCACUUCCUGCCAGGAGGCAGGCCUCAGCCAAUCGUAGAUAGCUUCCAGUGGGAGGCAGACGAUGAGCGCCCUCCUCAGUCCCCCAGCGGAAUGAAUCGUUCGCCCAGCUUCCAGCAAGCCCAAAUGUCUCCCGUUCACCAGUUCACCUUUCCCCCCAACCCAGACGUGCUCCCUCACUACAGGACACAGUUCCAGGAGCAGCAGCAACAGCACCCCCAGCUGUUUGGUGGACCACACUACAGGCACGCAUCAGAGGCUUUUGCCAUGCAGGAGUCGAUGCUGCUGUGAUGUUAGGAUAAAAACUGAGGUAUAGUCAGACACUGUGGUGAAGACGAGCAGAACUCGGUUCUGUUCCUGCUCUGUUGUUCUUUAUGUGUGAACAAAACGCUGGAAGACACACCAGCCUCUGACAUUUCUACCAAUCGCUUUGAAAAUCUUAAGAUUUUAUUUUAUUUUUGGAUGUAAAUCAUGAACAGAGGUUACAAUAUAAAUAUAUACAUAUAUAUAAAUAUAUAUAUAUAUAUAUCUUUUAGAGUCUGAUGAUGUACAGUGGAUUUUUGUGUUAAUCUUGAGAGUAAAAUUGAUUUUUUUUUAAAUCUUACAUCCAGGUAUUUAAAUCUGAGAUUAAUUCCCUCUGUUUGCUUCAGGAUGAUUUUUAUUAAAGGACCAGGGAGCAGAACUGAUCGAUUUCAUUUCAAUCAUGGUGCAAACAGCAGAUUAUGUUUGGUUUUUAGUGAGUCUUUGUUACAGUUCAGUAGUGAUUUUCAAUCAUAAUUAAUGUUUCAUACAUUUCUCUAAUUAAGAAACCACUUGUUUGUUUUUACACUUCCACCAUGAAUACUAAAUUACAUCAGGGCUUUAUAAUAAUAUAUAAUAAAGUAACUAAAUUGUUAGCAUUUUAGUGGCUGCAACAGCUGCAGCAUCUGGUUCAGGAUGGAAACUUGUUUCAGAUUAAUUUCCAACACUUUGUUCAUGCCUGCUACCUUUGACUACUGGACCGUGAUCUAGAACACACUACAUCUACUACGAACAUCAUGCAUUUCAUCUAUGAACUGACCACAUUCCAUUUUUUUAUUGUUCAUUCUCUGGUUUAGAUGCUUUUAAACAGCAUUAAACUGCUUCUCGUUGCAAUUUCUAAGUUAUAUUUGCUUUUUGUGAAACAGUUAAACAGCAGUUUCUUCUCACACUUUGUUUAAUAAAAGCAGGUGGUGAAAUUUA